AUGAAGCCAAUUGGUAGCAGCAGAACCUGUCGACUCAGAUGGGUUUCUCACUUAAUUGAGGCUGGGACUGGUUCCUGGGAUGAAACGCUUGUUAGAAGAUAUUUCUAUGCAUGUGAUGCUGAAGAAAUUCUAAAGAUAAAAAUUCCCCACCAUGGGGGCAGAGAUUAUGUGGCCUGGCAUUUUGAAAAGAAUGGGAUCUUCUCUGUUAAAAGUGCUUAUAGGUUGGCUAUGAGAAGGGAGCAUGGUGAAGGCAAUAUUGGCACAAGCUCGACCACUCUGGAUGGUAGGACGGUCUGGAAGGCCUUGUGGUCUGCUCAAGUACCUGAAAAAGUGAAAGUUUUUGUAUGGAAAGUUGCUAAUAAUGGCAUUCCUACACAGGCCAAUAAGUGCUACCGGCAUCUGUCACAACUGGAGUCCUGCGAAAUAUGUGGUUUUCAGCGUGAAGACUGUUUUCAUGCCUGUGUAAAAUGCCCCCAUGCAGUGGCACUUCGACAUGCUAUGAGAGCACACUGGUUGCUACCGUCUGAGGAAGAUUAG